GUCUGCCAGUGUCACCCACCGCUCUAUGUGCUGUCUGGGCAGGGCUGUCACUCCUAGCAGCUGCCGUGCGUGAGUGGAGUGCUCUAUGCCAUCAGCUAUUCAGCUUCUGAGGUUCGUGAAGGUGAAGGAAAUCCCCCCUCACGGCUCACGGUCCACUGUAGGUGGAGUUUGGCUGGACUUCAUUUAUUCCCAAAGAUUGGAGCUUUUGGAGCUUUAAUAGGUCACAAGUUCUCGUGUUGCUGGCGGAAGGGAACCUCUGGCCGGCUCUUGGAGCUCUUGCCCCUUCCACUUCCACCUCUUUCCAGCGAAGAUUUCAACUUUUUUUUAAGGCUUUGGGAGCUCAAAAAUUGGAUUUCUGAAACUGUUCUUGGAGAGGAAUCCACCGCAAUCGCCCUGAGAUUUGGAGCUGGAAUAGUCCAUCCAUGGGUUCCGGGUCCGGCCAUGGAGCGGCCGCGGCCGCGGCCGUGGUGUUGGUGUCUUGGCUGUGCGCCGCGGUGGUCGGCGUCGGCGCCAUAGGGGCGAACUGGGGCACGCAGACGAGCCACCCGCUGCCACCUGACACGGUGGUGCGGAUGCUCAAGGACAAUGGGUUCCAGAAGGUGAAGCUGUUCGACGCCGAGGAUGGCACCAUGAACGCCCUCAAGAAGAGCGGGCUGGAGGUGAUGGUCGGCAUUCCCAACGACAUGUUGCUGACGAUGGCCACAAACAUGAAGGCCGCCGAGAAGUGGGUCGACACCAACGUCUCCAGCUACCUCAAUGACGGCGUCAGCGUCAGGUACGUUGCAGUUGGGAAUGAGCCUUUCUUGGAGACAUACAAUGGAAGCUUUCUGCAAACCACUUAUCCUGCCAUAAAAAACAUACAAAGUGCACUUAUAAAGGCCGGUUUGGGCAAUCAAGUUAAAGUCACAUGCCCUCUCAAUGCUGAUGUCUAUGCAUCACCAACUAGCAAGCCUUCUGAUGGGGACUUCCGCACAGAUAUUCAUGAUCUAAUGAUCGCUAUCGUAAAAUUGCUCAGUGACAAUGGUGGAGCUUUCACUGUCAACAUAUACCCUUUCAUAAGCCUCUACAUUGAUCCAAACUUCCCUGUGGACUAUGCCUUCUUUGAGGGGGCCUCGACGCCCAUCGUUGAUGGAUCCAUCACUUAUACAAACAUGUUUGAUGCGAACCAUGACACACUUAUAUGGGCUCUGAAAAAGAAUGGCUUUGGAAACCUCCCAGUCAUUGUUGGGGAGAUUGGAUGGCCUACUGAUGGGGACAGGAAUGCCAAUGCUCAGAUGGCUCAGCGCUUCAACCAAGGCUUCAUGACUCAUAUUGCUUCUGGGCGAGGGACACCGAUGCGGCCUGGACCUGUUGAUGCUUACUUAUUCAGUCUAAUUGAUGAGGAUGAGAAGAGCAUACAACCAGGAAAUUUCGAGCGGCACUGGGGGAUCUUUACUUAUGAUGGCCAGCCAAAGUACCAACUGAAUCUUGGGACAGCAAAUUCAGGUGGCCUUGUGAGAGCAAGGGGCGUUAAGUACCUUGAAAAGAAGUGGUGCGUACUGAAGCCUUCGGUGAGCCUCACCGAACCGAGGCUUGCAGACAACGUGGCUUAUGCGUGUUCCAUGGCAGACUGCACCAGCCUUGGUUACAAGACUUCAUGUGGGAUGCUGGACGUGCGCGGCAACAUCUCAUAUGCGUUCAACAACUACUACCAGAAGAAUGACCAAGACGAUGUGGCCUGUGGGUUUCAAAACCUCGCGACGACCACGGGCCAAGACCCCAGCACUGGGACAUGCAGAUUCGGUAUCAUGAUCGAGGUUGACUCUGCCUUCUCAUGGAGGCUGCAGCGGCUCGGAAGCAACUUCCUCUUGAUGCUCCUGCUUGUGCUUCUCCAGCUAUGCCUGUCAUUCCUAUAGAUGCUUGUUUCGCUGGAGAUGAUCAUAAGAGCAUAAACAAUCUGACAGCUUGAGCAUAUUUGAUGUCUGUUGUCAGUAUCAUUCAUGUAGGAACCUUUUCGUUUUUUAACCCCUUCUCUUCUCUUCUGGAAGGAAAUUGCGGACUGCAGGUUCCAUCCAUGCUUGGAUUAUUGUUAGGGUUAGAUUUGAUCCAUCAGCACCAUUUGUGACGGGAAUUGGUGUUGAGCCAGCCGUAGGCUCCCAGAAAUGUGAUGGCUCUGCGAUUAAACCUUUGCAAGCGUGGUAAAUUCAGACUUCUCUGUUGCAUC